GUUUGAAAGGAGUGGGUAACGGGUCCAACUGGUUGGUUCAUAACAACGUUUCCUUGUAAUGAGACGGAAGGUUUGGUGUGGCUGGCUUUCACACAGCAGGAAGAAGACGAAGGAAUGGCCACUCCUCACAGUUCCUUGUCUGAGGAGAACUUUUCAUGUCCCAUAUGUCUGGAUGUGUUCAACAGACCAGUGUCUACACCAUGUGGACACAACUACUGCAGAACCUGUAUUACAACGUUCUGGGAUGACAAAGACCAGUACAAAUGUCCUGUUUGCAAUGAGAUUUUCCAAACAAGACCUGAUUUACGGGUCAAUACCCUCUUAUCAGAGAUGGUUGAUCAGUUUAGAACGUUCAUACCAGUUAAAGAGCAGCAGUGUGUUGAACCAGGAGAAGUUCCCUGUGACGUCUGUACUGGGACCCAGCUGAAGGCUGUGAAGUCCUGCCUAGUGUGUUUUAUCUCAUACUGCCAAACCCACCUGGAGCCACAUCAGAGAGUCACAGUUUUGAAGAGCCAUGAGCUGGUCGAGCCUAUGAACCGUCUGGAAGAGAGGAUGUGUAAGAAACACAACCAACUUCUGGAGCUCUUCUGCCAGAUUGAACAGGUAUGUGUGUGUCAGUUCUGCAAAGAGGGUGACCACAGGUACCAUCCUGUUGUACCUCUAAAGGAGGCAUAUGAAGUGAAGAUGGCCCAGCUGGGGAACAUAGAGUCUGAAGUUCAGCAGAUGAUCCAGGAGAGACAACAAAAGAUUCAGGAGAUCAAAGACACAGUAGGACUCAUCAAAGCAGACGGAGACAGAGUGAUUGCCGAUGGUGAGGAGGUCCUCGUUGCACUAAUGCUCUGUAUUGAAAAGUGCCGUGAUGAUCUCAAUGAAGUGGUGAAAGACAAGCUGAAAACAACAGAGGCACAGGCUGAAGGCCUCAUCAAAGAACUUGAGCAGGAAAUAGAAGAGCUGAUCAAUAGAUGCUUAGAGUCGAAGCAGUUCUCACACACUGAAGACCACCUCCACUUCCUCCAGACCUUCAUGUCCCUGAAUAAACCUCCACCCACCAGGGACUGGACGACGGUGGAGGUCCGUCAUCCAUCAUACAUAGGGACCUUGAGUAGUUCUAUGGAUCAGCUGAAGGAGACACUGGACAUGGAAAUGAAGAAGGUGCCUGACCUGCGUUCAGCUCUAAAGAAGUAUGCCUGCAAACUCACACUGGACAAAAACACAGUCUACAAACGAAUCUCUCUGUCUGAUGAAAACAGAAAAGCAACGAUGGUUGGAAAAGAGCGUAGGUAUCCUCAUCACCCAGAGAGAUUUGACUCAAAUAGCCAGGUGUUGUGUAGAGAGGGUCUGACUGGCCGCUGUUACUGGGAAGUAGAGAGGGAAGGAUGUGUUUCUAUAGGAGUGACAUACAGAGGAAUCACAAGGAAAGGAGGGGGUAGUGACAGCAAGCUUGGAGGGUACUAUGAGUCCUGGAGACUUCAAUGUUCUGAUGAUCAAUACAAGGCCUGCGGCCAAAAUAGGGGAACAAACAUAUCUACCCCCUUCCCUGACUCUGAUACAGUAGGAAUUUAUCUGGACCGGCCUGCUGAAACUCUGUCCUUCUACAUAGUAGGUCAUAAAAAACUGACACACAUCCACACCUUCAACAACACAUUCACCGAGGACCUCUACCCUGGGUUUCGGCUUGGGCCUGGUACCUCAGUACGUCUUCUUCAGUUGUAGUAACACGCGGGAAAUCAUGUUUUGGUCCACAUUAAUGACAGUGCGGUAGAAAUAACUCAAAAGCCAACCCUUUUCAUGGUAACUGAGCUGUUACCCUUAAGGAUUAUGAGUGGUGAAGUACGUCUCCAUGACAUCCCGAAUAAAACCUUAAUAAAUCUUAAUAACUAACUAAAUCAAUAAUAAUACACGGUCAAAUUAAACCAAAUUGAUUAACUUAAAAUUGAUCACUUCCUUUAUCCACUUUGCUGGGCAUUCUGUCACUGUUUCCCCAAGUUCACCUUAAUAAGAAGUUAUCAAUUAUACACUUCGGUCCCUCAACGAACACAUGGAGAAACUGUGUGUGUGCGUGCGUGCGUGCGUGUGUGUGUGUGUGUGUGUGCGUGUGUGUGUGUACGGUGUGUGUGUGUGGGUGUGUUACAGUUCAAACAGUUCAAGAGGGAGGAGGAAGUGGAACACACAGGAGGUCUCUCUCCUCCCAGGGAUGCUAGGAGGCCAGGAGGUGCAGGGGGAGCACACAUGAAUAAUUACAACAUGACAAGGAGGUCAAUGCAGUCCCAUCUAGACUAAAGUCUACAUGAAUAGGAAGGAAUGAUCAUAAAGAGUAGAUUAAUCAGAUUCAUGGGAACAUGACACAGAAAUAAAAUACAACAGUCAUCCCAAUUUCUGCACAAAAUACACACACAUACCUAAACCACGAUCCACACUCACACCUCCACCUUCUUCUCUCUCUCUGUUUCUCUCUGUCCUCUAUGUUUCAGCCAUUGCGUUUGGUUGAGUAUGCACUAAAGUUAGUAGACUUCACACACUGUGUAUAAUCUGUAAUAAAAAUCACACUAAAGUGCUGAUGAGUCUGGCUGUGGUGCACAGGGUCUCUAGCUGGUCCAACAGGCCCGCGUCCCGUGGUUCUGGUGGGGGGAGAUAAUACCCUGAUUAGGGGUGGAGGGAAAAAAAUCUAUUCAUGGGAGAAUCACAAAGCUAAUCUUCCGUGAUUCUGAUCAAUUCACAAUUGCUUUUCCUGUUUAUUUCUUAGGUUGAAUGAAUAUUUAUCUGUAUCUUGUAUAUGUAGGCCUGUGGGCCUUUUUAUAUCAGAACAUGGACAUGAUUUGUGGGUCACCUCUACUAUAAAGGACUAUAAAGUCCAACGCUGCAAAUAUUAUUUCCUAGACAUUAUUUCUGUAACUGAUGCUAUUUUAGCUUGUUGUUGCAUCCCCGAUUUAACUGUGUUCUUAACUCAAUACCUUGUUAGAAUGUAUAGAAUAUAUGAAAUAUACAUAAAUUAAAUAACGGCAGUGAAUCGUGUUCUUAGACUCUGUGUUAUACUUCGCUUUUCUUGUGUUGUGUGCCGUGGUGUAACACUGAGUGUUUUUACAACCCAGUGUUGUUGUGUGAUGAUGUAUGUAAAGGGUGUGGUUGGUUUUUCCCCACGGGGACAAUAAACCGACUAACUAAAAUAAA